AUGGCCGACUCUUCGGUGAUUAAGAAUGAUUCAUCGAGUGACGACGAUCAUCAUGAGAAGGUUACGCUAUUGAAGCUUCAUCGGGACAACUGGACCGAGUGGAAGAAAUUCUUUGUCAACCUCCUCGUAGGCCGUGGUCAUGAAGAAAUAUUCGAUGAAGAAUGGUGUAAAACGCAUGCCGAGGAGAAGAUCUUUCGAAAGAAAUCAGCUCUAGCAUUUACACUUCUUCAAUCAUGUCUUUCCUCUGAUUUGAAACCAGUCGCAGCCGGAGCCGAUUCAUUUUCCAAAGCCAUGGAAAGUCUAGCGGAAAUGUGUGGAGAACAAUCGCUCAUCAAACUCGGAGACAAAUUAUUCGCUCUCGUUUCUUGUGAUUACGUUCCCGGUACCUCAAUCGGCGCUCACGUUUCAAAAUUUCAAAAUCUCUAUAAUUCAUUGAAAUCGGCUGUUGCAGCAACCAAGAACAGUGAUGUGGAUGAUAAGAUGAAAAACGAUAUGGAUGUUGGUACAACAAUGGCUGGUAUCUUUUUCCUCAAAAGUUUUCGGCUUGAUGAUUCAAAAUCUUUACGACAUUCAACCAUUUACCUUCAAACGACUUGCCGCUCGAAUGAAUGUUGA